AUGUUCAGAAUCGGACGUAGCCGUGCGCUGGCUUCGGCCUUUAACGCCUCAAAGCUCCAGGUUGCACCUGCUGUCAGACUUCCCGGCGUUGCUCAACAAAAACGAGCUCUGAGUAUUCAUGAGUACCUCUCUGCCGACCUCCUGCGACAGUAUGGCGUCGGCGUUCCCAAGGGCUCUGUUGCCAAGACUGCCGAAGAGGCCAAGGCUGUUGCAAAGCAAAUUGGCACCGAGGACAUGGUCAUCAAGGCCCAGGUCCUUGCUGGUGGACGAGGAAAGGGUACCUUCGAUAAUGGCCUGAAGGGAGGUGUCCGCGUUAUUUACUCUCCUCACGAAGCCGAGAUGUUUGCCCAGCAAAUGAUUGGCCACAAGCUCAUCACCAAGCAGACCGGCGCUGGCGGCCGGCUCUGCAACGCUGUCUACAUUUGCGAGCGCAAGUUUGCUCGCCGCGAAUUCUACCUGGCUAUCCUCAUGGACCGAGCCUCCCAGACUCCCGUCAUCGUUUCCUCCUCCCAAGGUGGCAUGGAUAUUGAGACCGUUGCCAAGGAGAGCCCCGAUGCCAUCAACACCACCUACAUUGACAUCAACACUGGUGUUACCGACGAAAUUGCCCGCGACAUUGCCACCAAGCUGGGCUUCAGCGAGCAGUGCAUUGAGGAUGCCAAGGAUACCAUCCAGAAGCUCUACAAGAUCUUCCUCGAGCGCGAUUCCACCCAGAUCGAGAUCAACCCUCUUUCUGAGACCAACGAUCACCAGGUUCUGUGCAUGGAUGCCAAGUUUGGUUUCGACGACAAUGCCGACUUCCGCCAGAAGGAGGUUUUCGAAUGGCGCGAUACCACCCAGGAGGACCCUGACGAAGUUCGUGCCGCCAAGUCUGGCCUCAACUUCAUCAAGCUCGAUGGUGACAUCGGCUGCCUUGUCAACGGCGCCGGUCUGGCCAUGGCGACCAUGGACAUCAUCAAGCUCAAUGGUGGACAGCCCGCGAACUUCCUCGACGUCGGUGGUGGUGCUACCCCUGCCGCCAUCCAGGAGGCCUUCGAGCUCAUCACCAGCGACCCCAAGGUUACUGCCAUCUUCGUCAACAUCUUUGGUGGUAUUGUCCGUUGUGACCACAUCGCCACUGGUCUGAUCAAGACUGUUGAGAACCUCAACCUGAAGAUCCCCAUCAUUGCCCGUCUUCAGGGUACCAAUGUUGAGCAGGCUCACAAAAUUAUCAACGAAUCUGGCAUGAAGAUCUUCUCCAUCGAUGAUCUGCAAAGCGCCGCCGAGAAGUCGGUGCAGCUGUCAAAGGUCGUUAAGCUGGGUGUGUACUAG